GUGAACUGCUCAGAAUCUUCAGAAAGCGGCACAGCCUCGCUGACUGACGGUCCUCAGAAUAUGGAGCCUUUGGAAGGUUACGACCACAAUUUCCUCAGCCUGGGAGUCGAGAAGGACCAGGAGGAACAGCAUGAUAUGAAACCAACUGCUGAAGAGAAAAAAGAUGGGGAAGUGGAUGUACAACGUGAGGCUACGCAAGGAGAGGCAGCAGAAGAGAGAGGGGAAAACGGAGAAGAAGGAGGAGGAGGGGAUCAGGUCGGCGCCAGCACUCUUGAUCCCAUAGACCACAGAUACGAAGAAAGCAGUGGUUCAAGCAGCAGCGGUGACCAGGAACAGGAGGAGCUGAAUCCCGAGGAGGACGAGACUGGCAGGGACCAGCAAAGGCUCCUCCAGCAUACUAGUCAUCCUAGUUUCACCCAGUUGCAGCUGCGGGAAUUGGAGAACUAUUUCCAGUACAACAGGAGCCCCAGCAGACCAGAGAGAAGAGAAUUUGCAAGAUGCCUGGGUGUGCCUGAGGCCAGAGUGGAGGUUUGGUUUAAGAACAGGAGAGCCCGUUGGAGAAGAUAUCAGAGGGCACAAAGGGUCAGAAAUGCACGCCGUGUGUGCCCCAGCAACCCUGUUCAUGUAAUCUCGGGGGCCCCCUAUUGUCCCAUGUACGUGAUGAGGCCCAGUGGUAUAUGGCUUCAUGUGCAGCCAACACUGGUCUGGCCAUUCAGGGUGCACUUGGUGCCCGUGGUGCCCAUCCAGCCUAGAGCCCCUGUGGCACCCAUGCCACCCAUGCCACACGUGCUGUUCUUCCCUCAUGUGCUCGUGCCUUCACCCCUGAUAUUCUUGCCUGCGCCUCCAUAUGGUUUGACCAUGUUUAACUUGGUUUGGUUCCCUCCUGCCAACAUUCCUUUUGUAGUCUAUACUUACUGGUACUAAGAAAUAGUCUGCGUGGCCUAUUUUUCUUAAGCGUUUUGGGGCCAGAUACAGAGUUUGUGUAGCACACUGUUAAGAACAGCUCGCCAAACAUUUUAAGAUGGAAGUAUAAAUUCAUUGUCCCACUUAUAGGGCACAUUUUUGAAUUUCAAUAAAGUUACAAAAUUUG